AUGGGCAGCAUAGGCUCCAUUGACAUCCAAGAGCUUACGAUAUCAGAGUACCAUGAUGCUCUACGCGAGAGGAGGACGACCUGCACCGAGGUCGUGGUAGCAUACCUCGAUCGGAUAUCACGCUAUAAUAGCCUGCUCAAAGCUCUAAUAACCGUCAACGAGAAUGCACUCGACGUCGCCCGACAAAGAGACCAGGAAACAGAGGCACUCCUACAGCAACAUGGGAAAGACCAUACAUUUCCGCCCCUACAUGGGGUCCCCGUUAUCCUUAAAGACACCUACAGCACCCUCGACAUGCCUACAACAUCUGGAGUAAAAGCCCUCCACUCCCUACAAACAAAAGCCGACGCCUUCGUCGUCACGAAGCUGCGUCGCGCUGGCGCCAUUAUCCUUGGCAAGGCCAAUCUCCACGAACUAUCGCUGGAGGGCGUCACUGUUUCUUCGCUGGGAGGUCAGACGCGGAACCCGUACGACCUCAGUCGGACACCCGGUGGCUCAUCAGGUGGUACGGCUGCUGCUCUAGCGGCGAAUCUAGCUGUCGUAGGAUGUGGUGGGGAUACGAUGAAUUCGCUACGCUCGCCUGCGUCGGCGUGCUCGAUCAUCGGGUUUAGACCGACUAGGGGGCAGAUUUCGCGGAGAGGAAUCAUCCCUGUCACUGACACGCAGGAUGUGGCUGGGCCGAUGGCACGGACGGUCCAAGAUGUCCGGAUAUUGUUCGAUGUGAUGAAGGGCGAAGACAAGGGCGACGAGGCUACUAUCGAUUGUCAACGUGACGCAAUGGAGCGUAGCUCUGAGACAUGUGGUAGACGCAAAAGGAUUGGUGUUUUGAAAUCGUUCUUCGCGGAUGACGGUGAUCCUGAAGGCUCAAUCGUCAACCAGACAGUGCUGGACGCGCUGGAUAAAGCUAGAGCCAACGUGCAAGUUGAGCUCGUCGCGCUCUCUCCCCAGUGCGCCCACUGGGACAUUCCCGCGCUCGUUUCCACGGCGGACAUGCAAGCAUACGAGUUCCGCAGUGUCGUCGACACCUUCCUACAAUCGUCAUUGAUCGCGUUCACGCCGCAUGAUUCCCUAGAAUCGAUCGUCGCCAGCGGCGAGUACCUCCAGGAAGCCGUGACACCGGCUCUCUAUCGUACAUUGCAGAAGGACGGUCCAUAUUCAAUGCAAAGUCCAGAGUAUGAAUCUCGCCUGGCGACAAUUGCAGCAUUGAAGAAGUCUGUAGAGGAUUGUUUCGAGGAACAUCAACUGGACGCUCUCGUCUACCCGCACCAAAGACAGCUGGUUGCUUCAAUCGGGUCAAUGGUCCAGCCACGGAGGAAUGGUAUUCUGGCUGCGUUGACAGGAAGGCCAGCGAUAUGUCUACCUGGUAUGUGA